AGAUCUCUGAAAAAAAAGGAUCUUGUUUCAAUUGAUUUUCAUAUCAAUUUUUCAUCUUUUGAGAUUAUAUGGAAAAUGGGCAUUGACACGAAAGAGAUCAUCGUUAUAUUAUGGAAAAUUCUUGGAUAUUCGAUGAACAUGAGCAUCAAAUUCAUGAUAAACCACCCGGUUUUGUCAGGGGUUUCAAUGUUUUUACUCGUGCUAUACAUUUUCCUCCCUUCUCUGUUCUUCUUCUUGAUCUAUACAUCACCGGUUCUUGCAUGUGCUCUAGUGUAUGCCCGAGAAAAGCUAGGGUUAAGAUUCUCAAGUUCGUAUUCAGAGCCAAAGAAGAGUUGUGGAGGAGAAAAGAGAUGCCAUUUAAAACAACAACGAAGUGUUAGACGAAAUGCUCGAAUGAAAGUUGAAGAAUGGGAUUCACAGACAAGCGAAGAAGAGAAAGACAAAGUUAUCUUGACUUCUCUUUACAAUGAUCUCCUUGGUCGUACUCCUCAAUUCGAAGAGUCUCCAAAAGCUUUAGAAACCAAUGUAGUAGAGGAAGAAGAAGACAAAGAGAAGGAGUUUCUUGGAGAGGGAGUUUCUCGUGAUUUGGGUCAUCUCAACGUUGAAGAACCAAUGGUUUGCAACUGUGAGAUCAAAUAUGGAGAAUCAGAUGGUAAAGUAGAGAUGAAACAGGAGAUGAGUAAUGCUAAUGAGCAUGGGAUUUCAGAGAUUGAGAGAAAUAAGAGACUAGAGUCUUUAAUCGCUAGAAGAAGAGCGAGGAGACGCUUUAGACUAGCUUUAGAUCAAAAGAAUAAGCUUCAAGCUGAAGAAACAACUAGCCCUAGACAGAACAACACCAACAACCUUCACGUUACGGUUUCGAGGAACUCACUUGAAAAACGUCGAAAUAAUUCAUCAGAUGGUACUACUGUUAAAGGAUUACAGAUUCCAGGCUCAGCUCCUUCUGUGAUGUUACAAGGAAGAAACCCUUUUGACAUUCCUUAUGAUCCUCAAGAAGAAAGACCUAAUCUUACUGGAGAUAGCUUUGAUCAAGAGUUUUCAUUGUUUAAUCAAAAAGAUUUGUUCUUUUGUCGUCAUGAGAGCUUCUGUCGUUUUUCUCUGUUCUCACCAGAACAUGUUCAGUGUAUGAACAGCCCAGUUUCUGCUUCAGACAUUUCAACUACUAGGAAACGUUUAGAUUUGGAGAAUGAAUAUAUUGAUCAUACUGAACAAAAUCUCCCAUUAAAUGGAAAAGAAGCUACAAUAGAAGACGAUGAUAAAAGCGUUGUGAGUCGAAAAAGCGAAGAAAAAGAGGUAGAAAUGAAUGAUGAGACAGAUUCAAACAAAGAAGAAUGUGAUGAUUCAAGUUGUUCAGAAGAAAGUGAGUCAGAACUAUGCCGUUUAAACAAAGCGGAGCUCAGGGAAGCUAUAUGCCAAUCCAUGGACAACAAUCCCGGUUAUCUUGUGAAUCAAGCAAGAAAUAGUAUUCCAAGCACAUUACCUAGAGGUAUAGUAGCGCCAAGACUAGAUGAUAACAACAUGUUUUACGCUCGCAAAUGUGGAAAUUCGCACAGUCGAACAUUUUCAGUUGCCUCGGAUAUGCAAGUUGAGGUUUCAGAGAUUGGUUCACCUCCUACAACAGUUGAUUGGCUUGAUGACUGGUCUACUGGUGGUGAAUCUUACAUUUAUGAUACAGAUAUUGACAGAGAAAUCGUCCGCGAUGAAGAAUCACGUAAGAGGAUGUCUCAUCAAUAUGAAUCAAGAAGUGGAAUAGGAUCAAAAGAGGAGAAUAGUGAGCCAAGUACUAAACCUGAGGCCAAACCAGAUCAGGAUUGUGUGGUAGAUGAAGACCUUAUAACAGUUGAUGAUAUGUCAUUGUUAGAUAGAAGAACCCAAAGUGAAGAGAUUUUUGAGCAGACACCUUCUAGUUCCAGUGAUGUGUCCAAGCCUACAAGUUCUGGGAGAUUUGAAGGUAUGUUGUUCCAUACAAGUGCCUCAUUGUCGUCUAUAACAGAAGAACCUGAAACAAUCUUGGAUUCGAUCGAUGGCGUCAACUCGGAGAUUAUGAAUAGUUUGACUGGAGAAUUAACUGACCAGAGACCUCUGACUAGUCUUGAUUUAUCCAUGGAGAAUUUGAUAGAUGAAGAAGUUGCUGAUAUGCAACAAAUAGAAAAUGAUGAUCUUUGUGGAUCUCCUAAGAUUAUUGAUUUUGAUAUCAUUGAUCAUCAGCAGACAGAUCAAACGUCGGAUAGCAUUCAAGGAGAACAUGAGGAAACUAAGAGCUUCUUGGAUGCUUCUUUGGACACACCCUUUAUAGAAUCAUUUGAGAGAGAGGUACAAGAAGAAGAAGAAUCAAACUUAGACAAGUCUACUGAGGAAACAACAAAAGAAACAGAAAGUGAUUUGAAGAGUUCUCCGGGACAAGUUUCUACAGAAUUACUAGAAAGUGUGGUAAGGGAAGAGAAUGGUCAGGAAUUAGUCAAAAGUGCUGAUGAGAAAGCAAUGCUAGUAGAGGAAGAGAAGACUCAUAAUGUCUUGGAAGCAUCUUCGAGCAAUGCUCAUACACAGUUGGUUGAUUUAGACUAUGGAAACGCAGAAAAUUCUAGUGAUGUGAUACUUCUGCAAGUCCAAGAUAGUCAUAAGUCACCACUAGAUGAGUCAGUUGAUCAGGAGAUCUCUAAGGAAGUAGAAAAAACAGAGUUAUUAAAAGAUUUUUGUGGUGAAUCAACCCAAGAAUACAAAAAUAGAGGAAAUGUUGAGGCCUGUGGAAACGCAGAAAAUGCUAGUGAUGUGUUACUUCUGCAAGUCCAAGAUGGUAAUAACUCACCACUAGAUGAGUCAACUGAUCAGGAGAUUUCUAAGGAAGAAGAAAAAACAGAGGUAUUGAAAGAUUUUAAUGAUGAAACGCCCCAAGGAUACAAAAAUAGAGCCAAUGUUGAGGAAGAAUCAGUAGUUUUAGCUGACACUCAAAACUCACAAGAUUCACAAACAUGGACUCAACAGUGUGGUAUAGAUUCUUCCCAAGGGAUAUCACCAAGAACAUUGGAGAUCACCCAGCAACUAGAGCAAGACGAUGUUAUUGCCUCUUCCUCAAACACCGUCUCUCAAGAUAUCAAUAAAGAUAUUACCGCGGCAGUAGCCAAUGACUUAGCUGCUAGUGAGAGGAAUGAUGAAGUGAUUCUGAAACUUGAUGAGCAAGUUGGAGAAGCUAUGGAAAAGGAACUAGAGCUUAAUUUAGAAUCACUGCACCAUAAUAUUGGUUUAGUCGGUAGAGAAGACGAUGAAGAAUCCAAGAAAGUAAUAGAGGAAAUGCAAAAUGCGGAGAUCCAAACAACAAAACACGAAAACAGAGUCUUAGAAAAUUAACACAUUGAUGAUACUAACACACAGAAUCAUGAUGACGAAAACAAGUAACGCUGCACAUAAGGUACGGUACGCCACAAGGAAAAUGUGUUAAGAAUUCUUUUUGAUCCAUAACAGGUGAAACAUUGUGUUGUAUCAUUAUUUAAUGGACUUUUUGUUUAAUUAUACAACUUGUAAAGGCAACUCAUUCUUUUGUAAUAUACUGUAUAGAGAUGGAUAAAUCUUUUGAAUAUAUACUCACAGAAGAACUACUAGCA